UUAUUUUCUUCCCCAUAGACUUCAUCUCUCUUGAGCCAGACACUUCUAGGGAGGGUUACCAAACCCGACAAGAUCCACAAACAAGGACUCAACCAAUUUGAAGCUUGGAGUUGGAGGUGUAGCCUUAUGGGAUUAUCACUUUCUUUACUGUUAUCAGCGCGUGAAAAAGUCGCGAGGCAUUGGUUAUUUGGUCUGUCUUUCAACUUCAGGUUUGGAUCUAAAGAUGGAGCUAAAAUUCUGAGAGCAGCCAGCUUCAACAAGAAAAGAGAAGAAUCAGAAACUAGUCCGUCGUCAAGUGGGCCCAACAAUAGCAUCAGUAGUUCAAGGCGGUUGAGGGAUCGCAGACCUGAGAUGGUGCCUCUAGAAACAAAUGUUAAUGUCUCGUCGGAAAAGGAAAACAUGGGUGAUAUUGAUUUGCCUCACAAACCAGUACCUCUUCUUGCUCUGCCAGGAUCAGUGGUGUUUACUUCACCCAGGCCCAUGAAUGAACUUGAUGCUGCUGCAACUAAGCUCCAGAAAGUCUACAAGAGUUACCGAACGAGAAGAAACCUCGCAGAUUGUGCCGUGGUGGUGGAGGAGCUCUGGUGGAAGGCGCUAGACUUUGCUGCACUGAAACGGAGUUCAGUUUCAUUUUUCGAUGUCCAGAAGCCGGAGACCGCCCAAUCACGGUGGGCGAGGGCAAGGACAAGAGCAGCUAAGGUGGGAAAAGGUUUGUCCAAGGACGACAAAGCACAAAAACUAGCUCUCCGACAUUGGCUUGAAGCUAUUGACCCACGUCAUCGUUAUGGACACAAUCUGCAUUUAUAUUAUGAUAUCUUUGAAAGUCAUAGCAGUCAACCAUUUUUCUACUGGCUGGAUGUUGGAGAUGGCAAAGAAAUUAAUCUUGAGAAAUGCCAAAGGACCACGCUUCAACGUCAAUGCAUUAAAUACCUUGGACCGAAGGAAAGGGAAGAAUAUGAAGUACUUGUUGAAAACGGGAAGCUAACAUACAAGCUGGAUGGGAGGCUGGUGGAUACCGACGACAAGUCCAAAUGGAUAUUUGUUUUAAGCACGACAAGAAGUUUGUAUGUAGGACGAAAACAAAAAGGUUCAUUUCAGCACUCAAGCUUUCUAUCUGGGGCUGCAACCACAGCUGCAGGCAGAUUAGUGGCCCAUCAAGGAGUCCUGGAGGCUAUUUGGCCUUACAGUGGUCACUACCACCCCACAGAAGAGAACUUCCAAGAGUUCAUCACCUUCCUCGACGACCACAACGUAGACCUCGCCAAUGUCAAGAGAUGUGCUAUUGAUGAUGAUGCGCCUUCAUGCAUAGGCACUAAUGAAUCACAGGAAAACUUGGGUCCUACCACCUUAACUUCUCAGUCAAGUGCAAUUCAUGAUAGUGAUAAGAAUGGCCAAGAAGGCAAUGCAAAGGAGGUCAGUGAAGAGGGUACAAAGGUUGGUGCUGAGAAGGAUGAAGCCUCAGUGUUUGACUUUUCCGAGAGGCUAUCCUGCAAGUGGUCUACUGGUGCUGGGCCCAGGAUCGGGUGUGUGCGUGACUAUCCUGGACAUCUACAAUCAAGAGCAUUGGAGCAAGUGAAUUUGUCACCUAGGCCCACUUCAGUGCCCCUUCCUAACUAUGGCCCAAUUCCUUCGCCAAGGCCCAGCCCAAAAGUGAAGGUCUCACCUAGGCUUUCAUACAUGGGAUUGCCCAGUCCAAGGACACCUAUUCCUGCAAGGAGUUAAGCCCGGGCUGGUAGGAAUUCAGGCCCUUUCAUGUUUAUUAACCAAAAAUGGGUCUACCAUUGGUUGACUGGUGAAGGGAUUUAUAAACCUUUUACUUUUGUAUAUGAAUUAAUCUUGUUAAUUUUAAAAACAAGUUGGUAUAUUGUAUGUGAGACUUAUGCCUGUUAUGGAGUCUACUGUUUAAGUAGAGUCUUUUAUACAAAUAAGUCUCAUAUACAAUGUGACUGUCUUUUUAAAAUUAAUGAGAUCAAUUUUUCGAAACAGAUGACGAGACCCGAAUUCUAACUGAAGGCACAUGUCAUGACAGCAGCUAAAAAUGGCAGAGAGAGAGAGAGAGGCAAAAAGAAAAAGCCCUCUUUUUUUUUUUUUUUGGACUUGAGUUGUUCAUCCGUUAUCUUUUUUUGCUGAAUUUGGAUGCCUUGUAAGCUGAAGGGGGAACAUUGUAACUUUGACCUAGUUUUAAAGCCUUGUAAAGAAGGGAUUCAAUAAAUUAUUAACUGCAAGCAGGCAUAAGUUCUUCAAUAAAAACAUUUUGUUGCAUUUCU